AUGCCGAUAUUGGAAUUAUCUUCGAUGUUAGUGUCAACUGAAUCAAACUGGGUGUCAAAUGAUGAAAGUUCCAGCCUGAGCUCAAGGCAACUGUCGGAAUAUCUCAAUGAAGAGAUACAACGCAUUGUCAUGCCAACCAUUGUGUUUAUUGGAGCCGAGAUGGUGUUAGACUUUGUAGGAAAUCUUCUUGUUCUUUACGUGUUCGGUUUCCGGUACCAUGUUUGUAAUUGCAAAUACUUUGUCUUGAGCUUGGCAGUAAUUGAUAUACUGACAACGGUGACAACAAUGCCAGGGGAGAUAAUUACUCAGAUUUAUUGGUACGUGUAUAGUGCAAAUGUAGUUUGUAAAGUGAAAUCGUUCUGUAAUGUAUUCACUCUGACAGCGGAGGCCUUAUGUCUUCUUGCAAUCGCUAUUGACCGUUACAGAAAAGUGUGCCGACCAUUUGCUUGGCAAAUUAAAACCAAAUAUGCAAGAAUCAUAUGCCUUUGUAUACCUGUGGUAGCAUUAUUCAUCGCUCUACCUACCCCUUUCCUUUGGGGUGAACGCAGUGUUCUUAAAACAUACGGGAACUAUACAGUGAACGUGACAAUCUGCGAAAAAGAUGAAAAAUUCAAGUCGACAAAUUACCCAAUGAUAUAUAUUUCGAUGGUAAAUGGAACCAUAUGUUCCAUACUGGCUCUCAUGUUCAGUAGUUAUAUGUAUGUGUUUGGGAAACUCGUAAAAGAAAGGCGAAGAAGUAAAAGGAACAAGCAAACUUGCAAGGUUGGCGUGAAGCUUCCAGUGAAAACGUCUCCUAGUUCAAACUCUUCUAGAGAAGCAAACAGACUUGACGAAACUAGCGAUUCUGGUGUAAUUGACCAAGGUGAAACAUCAACAACCAGUGCAUCACUGAAACCGACACAGAUUUUAAGUGCAACUCAGAAAGCUGAUACACCAAUGCCAAAACAUUUGAUAUCACUGCGUAAGAGUUCAACAAGAUUAGGGAAGGACAAAUGUGUGAGAAGAAAAACUUUAAUCAUGUUCAUUGUGACUUUGGCUUUCAUAGUUACGGCCAUUGCGUACCUUAUACUUGUCUCGAUCAUUGCAAGCGAAAACGACAUUCUCCAGAAGCUCAGCGACGCAAGUAAAGCCGUGUAUUUCUUUUUCCUACGCCUUUACUUUAUUAAUCACGUAAUAAAUCCGUUUAUAUAUGGACUGCUAGAUCACGAAUUCAAAGAGACGAUGCAAAUGCUAGUAAUACGUGUAUCUAGUAGGAGGAAUUGUUGUAUUCAAUCAAGACGUUCAGAAAACUGAAGUUUGAUAUUUAGAAAAGGUGCGUGUUGUAUUUGUUGCAUACAUGAGGUAUCAAAAUUAUACUUUAUUUCGUUUAAAGCCUUAUAUAACAUCAACAAAAGUUCCCUCAUUUAUGUAUCGUUUCCAAAAACUUAGGGGACUGUCCUUGUCGAAUGGUUAAGGUCGGUGAUUUCAAAUCAUUUGCUCCUCACCGAUGUAUUUCCGGGCCACGCACGUGGCGUUAAAUUCUUCAUGUGAGAAAGCCAUCCAGCUGGCUUAUGGAAGGACAGCUAAUUUACCAAGGUGCCCGCCCUGAACGAAAUAAUGCAUGGAUGGACACCUGGGCUCUUCCUGCACCAUCAAAGCUGGAAAGUUGCCAUAUGACCUAUAAUUGUGUCGAUGUGACGUUAAACCCCCUCCAAAAAUGUCAUAGGAUAUUGAAUCAAUCUGAUGCUAAUGUAGUGCGUGGUAGGCUGUUUCUAAAGAAAGGCUUUAAGCAGGUAUGAACAAAUUGCACGGAUAAGUACAUGUAUUACGAAGCAAAAGUUAUUGCAGCAUAAUUUGUAAUUUCGCGUACCUAUUUUGUGUAUAUGUAUUAAGGUUUUCUAUAUUUCUUUGUGAUCAUUAAUUGUUAUAUUAUUUACUCAAUCCAAAUAUGGCAAAUGUUAGCAUAUAUCGCCUUGAUAAAAAAUCAAAUUAAAAUCAUUACAUUUAUUAGCAUUACCUUGUAGUAUUUCUUUUAUUUUGUCAUCAUGCAUAUUUCGCAGUUGUUUUCUUUUUGUCAUAAAGAUGUUCACUUGGCAUAAAUAUUAAGAGUGCAUAUUGACAGAUUGGCAGGUCGCGAUCUUAUUACACAUCAGUGUUAAUUAAGAUUAUUACAUCUUUGAUCUUUUGAAAGUAGAAAGAGUUAAUUACUUUUUGUUAAUGUCCGAGACAAACACCACAUAGAAUGAAAAACAUAUUUUAU